UUUUCAGAAUCGCCGUUUCAGUUUCGAGGCCGUUUUUGGGUCAACCUUCUUGCUUCUUAACCGACAUAAAUAUUAUUAUAUCAACGAAAGUUAUUAAUGGGAGGAUUAUUUUAGCUAAAAGUUAUAAUGGCCUCGACCUAAAACAGCCUUUACCGAAAUUCUGACAUGAGACUUGGAGGCUAAAAUUCCGUUACCCAGUUUAGCCUUUUUUUGUGAUUUCUCUUCUAAAUAAAAUAUUCCAAAACAAACCUUUUAAUAUUUUUCUUUUUAAAGAAUAAAUUUUAGUUUUCUUUAAAUUAUUUUUUAAAUUAAAAAGUUUUCUCUUUUAAUAUUUCUGUUAACACAAAAUUCCAAAAAAAAUUAUUUUUAUUUUUUUAAAGGCCAUUUCCAAAUAUAUAAACAACCCCCCAACAUACAUCGAUUCUCUAUUCUCGCUUGUGUCUUUUUUAACUAAAAUUGUGUAGUAAUUUUUAUUUAUUUUUUCUUUAGCCUUCCAACAAUUAAAGCUAGUGAGUGUAUAUGUCUAUCUCUAGUAUUUUCUAAGUUUUUUUUAGUUAAUUUUAUUUUCCUUUUAUUGAAAAGACAGGUUUUUGUUUAAUGCCAGAAACUUUAAAAAUGCUUAACCUGUCCUUUAAUAUUCGUAAAUUUUAUUGGCUUAAAAAUCUCAGUUUUCCAAGAUUCCUUAAGAUUAUUCUCAUUCUUAACUUCUCUUUUUAUUUAUUCCCUAAAUCUUUAAAAUUAGGGUUGCCGUUUUCAGUUCGAGCCGACGUUCGGUGCAUUUUUUCGAGCUUGGUUUUUUUCGAUUCGAUCCGUUUUCGAGCUUUUCGAGCUGAAAAACCUUGGCUCGCUCGAUCUGUCGUGUUUCGGUUCGAGCGAGCUUGCAACCCUAAUUCCAAGCUCACAUUUCCUCUCAAUCCAUUCAAUUUAAAUAUUUUAGAUUUCUUUCUAAUGUCAUUAAUUUUCGAAUCCCCACCUUUACUGGAUGAACGGCAAAGCACAAAAUUAUUUAAUUAUUUAUUUAUUCUUUCCCAAUGUUUUGGAAUUUUGGCAGUUUUUGGUGUUGCUAUUUGGAUGGGGGCUUUUGAAGAUGGAGGGUUUUCUUGGAGUGAAAACCCUUCAAAACAAUUUCAUUAUCACCCAACGUUUAUGGUGAUUGCUGUUAUUUUUCUUCAAGGCGAAUCUAUAAAUGAACGUAAACGAUUUGUUAAAUUACUUCAUUUAUCAACACAUUCUGUUGCUCUUUUAUUAGUUUUAAUUGCCCUAAAGGCUGUUUGGGAUUCUCAUGGUUAUUUUUGAAUUUUUAUUGGAAAUAAUUGGUUUUUUGUUUAUCCUUUCAACAGCCAAUUUUAUGAUAUAGACAUUAGUUUCACCGAAAGUUCCGGCUCAGGAAAGUUCCUGCGUUUUUUUGGUUUCGGUUCCAGGAUCCGGAACUCAAAUUAAAUCCGAUUCCGGCUCCUAUCAAAAUUUCAGUUCCGGUGAAGACUACUAAAUAGUAACUGACUUUAUAGAUUAAAGUCUAGAGUUGUCUUUAUAUUUUUGGGCUUUUCAGAAUUUAGGCUGGGAUGGGGGGAAGUAAAAUUUUGUUAUGUGUUGGUAGGAUCCCUUCGGUGUUAUGGCAAUUGUGAAUUAGCC